UCUGCUGUGAUCGGUGCAGGAAGCAGCUUCAAACAUGUCCACGACAAUGACAAAGACGCGCGCGCAUUAUAAUAAAAGCAUGUUUUCCACUCAGUUUUCCACUGGUUGCAUAACUGCCAUGCGUUUCACAACUAUAGGUCGUGCAUUGCUUCCAGCUUAGUUUGCCACACCUGUCAUGGAGGAAAAGACCUCCCAUGUGUCCCGUUACGUAUUCUCGUGACGUUGCAAGCGGCGAAAUAUUACUUAAGCAACUUUUAUAGCUCACCUCGCAGCUGAAAAGUCAUCGGAUCAUCAGAUAAACCUGCCGGGAAGAAAAAAAGUAAACAUGGCUCUCAGAGGUGCUGUGUCCCGUCUGCUCUCCAACAGCCACAAAUGUGCUGCUGUCACUGUUUCUAGAGCUCAGGGAACAGCUGCAACAGUUACCAAAGAUGCUGAAGAAGUCAAGAAGCCGGCGAAAGCACCCAAGGUGGUGUUUAACUGGCGGGACGCUCUGAAUCUGGAGGGUCUGCUGACGGAGGAGGAGGUCAUGAUCCGGGACUCCUUCCGCGACUACUGCCAGGAGAAACUCAUGCCCCGUAUCCUCAUGGCCAACAGACACGAGCAUUUCCACCGUGAGAUCAUGUCAGAGAUGGGAGAGUUGGGCGUCUUAGGACCAACUAUUAAAGGAUACGGCUGUGCAGGCACCAGUUAUGUGGCGUACGGCUUGAUUGCCAGAGAGAUUGAGAGAGUGGACAGCGGCUAUCGCUCAGCCAUGAGUGUCCAGUCUUCACUGGUCAUGCAUCCGAUCAAUGCUUACGGCACAGAGGCCCAGAAGGAGAAGUACCUGCCCCGGCUCGCUAGAGGAGAAAUCCUGGGCUGCUUUGGCUUGACCGAGCCCAACCACGGCAGUGAUCCCGCCGGUAUGGAGACCAAGGCCAAAUACAACCCAUCCAGUGGAACCUUCAGCGUCAGUGGAGCCAAGACCUGGAUCACAAAUUCCCCCGUGGCAGACAUCGCAGUGGUGUGGGCCAAGUGUGAAGACGGCAAGGUGCGGGGUUUCAUCUUGGAGCGUGGGAUGAAGGGUUUCGCUACCCCCAAGAUUGAGGGCAAGUUCUCGCUGAGGGCGUCCGCCACUGGCAUGAUCCUGAUGGACGAAGUGGAAGUUCCCCAGGAGAACCUGCUGCCCAAUGUCUCUGGUCUAGGUGGUCCCUUUGGCUGUCUGAACAACGCCCGGUACGGUAUUGCAUGGGGAGCUCUGGGAGCUGCUGAAUUCUGCUUCCACGCUGCCCGACAGUACACCCUGGACAGAAUCCAGUUUGGGGUGCCACUGGCCAGGAACCAGCUGAUGCAGAAAAAAAUGGCUGACAUGCUGACAGAGAUCACCAUUGGGCUGCAGUCAUGUCUGACCCUGGGGAGACUUAUUGAUGAGAAGAAAGCAGCACCAGAGAUGAUCUCCAUGCUGAAGAGAAAUAGCUGUGGCAAAGCUUUGGAUAUCGCCAGACAAGCCAGAGACAUGCUGGGAGGUAACGGCAUCUCAGAUGAGUACCACAUAAUCCGCCACGUCAUGAACCUGGAGGCUGUCAACACAUACGAGGGAACUCACGACAUUCAUGCCUUGAUCCUGGGCAGAGCCAUCACUGGACUGCAGUCUUUCACUGUUGAAAAGUAAAGGUUGAAAUGGACUUGAUAUGAAUCACUGCUGUGCAACCAGUUUCUUAUUUCUUAAACUUGUAGAAACAGGAAGAGCACCUCAUUUGCUCCAUAUUAUGGGCUUUGCCUGGUGGGCAAAAUCACAAAUACCUCAUUACAGUUACAUGUUUUUAAACUAGUUUUUAAACAAGAGGUGUUUUAACUACCUCUGUUUGGUAUCUUUGGUUAAUAUAAAAAUCUAAGACUGGGUCCAACUGUGAUGGUGUGUACUGUUAAGAUGUCUGGAGUUUAUUUCAGGCACUCAUUAGGCAUGGUGCAUGAAAAGUAAUGGCAUUAUGAGUUGGUUUAUUUGGUGAAAAUUGAAUAUUAUGUAAAUAAGUGGUUUUGGAUGAAAGAAAGG